AUGCAUAUCACCGAGCUCAUCCUCGAGGGGUUCAAGUCCUACCCAGUUAGGACACAAAUAUCCGGCUGGGACCCCUCUUUCAACGCCAUUACUGGUCUCAAUGGUUCGGGCAAAUCAAAUAUUCUUGACGCUAUCUGUUUUGUGCUCGGUCUCACAAAGACGGAUUUGAUGCGCGCACAGAACCAACAAGACCUUAUCUACAAACGCGGACAGGCCGGCGUAACGAAGGCUAGCGUGACGGUGGUUUUCGACAACUCGGAUCCUACCAAGAGUCCAGCCGGCUACGAUCACUGCCCUCAGAUUACUGUAACACGCCAAAUUGCCAUGCCCAACAUCACGAAAUACAUUGUGAACGGCCACAAGGCGCAGCAACAAGCGGUUCAGCGUCUCUUCCAGAGUUGUCAACUCAACAUCAACAACCCGAACUUCUUGAUCAUGCAGGGCAAAAUAACGAAGGUCUUGAACAUGAAACCACAGGAGAUUCUUGGCAUGGUGGAAGAAGCUUCGGGCACGCGUACAUUCGAGGAACGUAAGGAGAGCGCGCGGAAGACUAUGCAGAAGAAGCAGAAGGAUAUCGAUGCCCUCAACGAACUCCUCAAGACAGAAAUCACCCCCACACUCGAUAAGCUGCGCAACGACAAGAAAGUCUACCUUGAAUAUCAGAAAUCAACGGCCGACUUGGAGAAGAUAGAACGUGUGCUAGCUGCGUUGGAGUGGACAGAGUAUCACAGAGGGGUUGAAGAAUCGAGGAAAGAGGUCGCAGCGAACGCGGAGCAGAUCGGGGAGGUGGAUGGAGAGAAGGAGAAGCUGGAGCGAGAGGUGGAGGUGUCGCAGCAGGAGAAGGAGAGGGUCGUGAAGGCACGGGACAAGGAGAUGAAGAAAGCCGGGAAGGCGUCGGAGCUAGAGAAGAAGAUUAGGGACAUCAAGUCACAGAGGGCGGAGGCACAAGCACAGGCCGAGGGUCAGGAGACAGAGAUUAAAACAGAGCAGAAGAUGAUUCGCGGCUUGGAGGACGAGCAGAAGAAGCUUGAGCAAGCGCUUAAGACCAAGGAGAAGGAGCUCGAGCGACUUACGAAUGCGUAUAACACGUCCAAAGAAGCUCACGACACCGCUCAGGCUGCUUUGCAGCAGAACGAGGACCUCCUUCAGACCCUGCUCACUGGUGUUACGGCGGCUUCGAAUAGCGGAGGUGGAGGCGGUUACAUGGGUCAACUCUCCGACGCGCAAGCUCGCCUUGCUCAAGCGCAGACACGUGAGGAACAAGCACGCAACAAGCUCAGUAUGCAGCAGAAGGAGUUGAAGGGUGCUCAAGCGCGGUUCAAGGAGGUUGAGAAGGAGGUCGGGCAGGGUCAGAGGAACCUCGAGGCAAAGAAGGCGGAGCUGGUUAAGAUGACUACGAGCGCCGCCAGUCUUAGGUGGAGUGCAGACGAGGAGCGGAAGCUCGAGACGGAGUUCCAGGAGGUGAAGGAGUCCAUCCGUCAGAAUCAACAGAGAUACGAUCAAUUCCGCGCCAGCUUAUCUACUCUCAACUUCAACUACACGGACCCAGGUGGCAACUUCCAGUCGAGCAAGGUCAAGGGUAUGGUCGCUCGGCUGAUCACCCUCGCACCCGAGAACAACAAAUGGUCGACCGCGCUCGAAAUCGCGGCAGGUGGUCGCCUGUAUAACGUCGUUGUUGAGGAUUCGGGAACGGCCAAACACCUCUUGCGACGUGGAGUGAUGCGGACACGCCAAACGAUUGUCCCCUUGGACCAAAUCCAAGCACGGACAUUAUCAAGCAAUCAACGCAAGGCAAUCUCACAGCUUGCGCCUGGCAAGGCGUUCCCCGCUCUUGAUCUCGUGGGCUAUUCGCGGGACGUUGCAGGCGCAAUGGCCUUCGUCUUCGGCGGAACCGUCAUCUGUCAGGACGCGCCAACGGCCAAGAUGCUCGCAUUCCACAGAGACGUGCAUGCGCGCUGUGUCACGAUGGAGGGCGACGUCUAUGACCCAUCGGGUACCAUGUCCGGUGGAGCCGCUCCCCAAAGCAGUGGUAUUCUCGUUAGAGCGCAGGAUCUUAUUGCGGCGCAGAACAAGGUGCAGGAGUCUCAGACGCGGCUACGAAAUCUCGAGGCGAACGCGCAGCGCGUUGCACCUGUUCGCGAGCAGUGGAAGAUGGCCGCUGGCGCUCUUGAGGUUAAGCAGCACGAAGUCAAGUUGCUGGAGGACCAACUCGCCGAUAGUAACGCGUCCAGGAUUCAAGCCCAGGUCGAGGCUAUUCAGAAGACAAUAACUGAUCUCGAAGCGGAGCUCUCGGACGCGAAGGCGAAGCAGUCAUCAGCGAAGAAUGACAUCCAGCGUCUGGAGAAGGAUAUGGCUGAGUUCAAGAACAACAAGGAGGGCAAGACCGAGGAGUUGCGCGCCACGAUCCAGAAGCAGAAGAAUGCUGUUCAGAAGAAGAACGUCGACCUGAAGAUCACUCACAAGGACAUGCAGAGGGCUCAGCUCGAGCACGAUGAUCUUGGGAAGGAGAUCCGGGCAGCAUAUGCCAAUGUGGAGACAGCGCAGAGCGCCAUCGUCAAGCUACAGAAAGCGCUCGCUAGUACGCAAGACACCCUGAAGAAGAUCGACGCCGAGAUCGCGCGGGACGAGGACAAGCUUAAGCAAGAGAAGGCGGCUCUACACCGUUUCGACGCUGAGAUCGAAUCGCUUGAAAAGGCCAUUGCGGAUCAUAAAGCACAGAUGACCGAGCUCGACGUCAAGAGGCAGAAACUCGACCACGAGUCGCAGAAUCUACAGGCGAAGAAGAAGGGCUUCAAGCAGGCUAUCGUGGCCCUCGAGAAGCGCCAUACGUGGAUCCAGGAGGAGAGACAUCUCUUCGGUCAAGAGGGUGGGCCAUACGAGUUCAAGGAGGAUCUUGAGUCCUUGCGGACGCGCGAUGCGGAGCUUCGCACAAAGACAACCAAACAGGCGAAGAAGGUCAACACUAAAGUUAUCAGCCAGCUUGAGCGCGACGAAUCGAAGGAAGCCGACAUCAAGAAGAAGCUGGCGAUCGUGCUGAACGACAAGCGCAUGAUUGAGAGCACAAUCGCAGACCUGGACCGGAUGAAGCGCGACACGCUGGCCAAGACGUGGGAGAAAGUUACCGUUGACUUCGGUAAUAUAUUCGGCGAACUCCUUCCUGGCAAUACGUCGAAGUUGGAGCCUCCGGAAGGGAAGGACAUCAUGGAUGGCCUGGAGAUCAAGGUUCGAUUAGGAGCCGUCUGGAAGCAGUCGCUGACGGAACUGAGUGGUGGUCAACGAUCGCUGAUCGCACUCUCGCUUAUCAUGGCGCUGCUGCAGUACUCGCCUGCGCCUGUGUAUAUCCUCGAUGAGAUUGACGCCGCACUCGACCUUUCGCACACGCAGAACAUUGGUACCCUCUUCCGCACACGGUUCAAGGGCGCGCAGUUUAUCGUCGUGUCUCUCAAGGAGGGCUUGUUCACCAACGCGAACGUCCUCUUCAAGACGCGUUUCCGCGAUGGCACCAGUAUCGUCGAGCGUACGGCCGAUAGGGCGGGUGGUGCACGCGGACGAUGA